AUGGAUAAUUAUCAAGUUGGCAUGGGGACGUUAUGGAUAAAUCAGAUCUCGGAAAAGGAGGUGUUAGGAGAUCACAAAGAUGUUAUGGAAUUUGGAGAUGAAGAUGAAGAUGAGAUUAUUCCAAAAGAUAAUAAGAGGAGGAUUUGUCGUGUGUGUAAGAAAGGAUUUAGUUCUGGUAAAGCAUUAGGAGGUCACAUGAGAAUUCACGUUCAGUCUUCGAAAAAGGAAAAAUCGAAACCACGAGAAGAACAAGUGGAUGUAGAAAAUGAUCAGUUGGUACCAAUUUGUAAAGUGUGUGGUAAGAUUUUUCCGUCGAUGAAAUCGUUGUUUGGGCAUAUGAGGUCUCAUCCUGAACGGGCAUGGAGAGGAAUUCUUCCUCCUCAUUUGAAAUCUAGCGAUGAGAUCCGAGCCAAAAAAACAGCUUCUGCUACUGUACCUGGAUGGUCAGUUACAGCUAAGCGAGGGAGAAAGACCAAUGCUGAAGACGACGAACAAUUGCAGGAUGCUGUUCAUCAUCUUAUGCUGCUCGCCAACGGAGAUUUAAUUGAGUCUGGUGUUACUGGACAUGAUAUUCUGGAAGAAUUGGAGAAAACGAACAGUAAUUCUCUUACAUCCAAAGCUGAAAAUGAGGAAUUUGUUUCUGAAAUGGAGAUUAUUGAUAACAGGAAGAGAAGGAAGAAGAAGUUGAGGCAUCUGAAUUCUGUACAGGAUAGUCCAGCUUCAGUUACAGCAGCAGCAACGCCUGAAAAAUUCAAGUGUAACACUUGUGGAAAAAGCUUCGCAACUCAUCAAGCACUUGGUGGACAUAAAUCAAGGCACAAUAAGUUGAGAAUCGUAAUUGAAAAUUCCAACGAUUCUAAUGUAGCUGCAAUCAGUGAAGAAGCAGCUGCUAGCAGCUCAAAGUUGUUGGCUGAUGGAGGAAGAAUUGUGGAUUUUGAUCUCAAUGAAUUGCCCUCUGAUCAUGAGGAUGAACUUGCUGGUAAUCCUGACUACUUUCCCUUUUUUUCUAUUUAACAAUAUAUAAGUCUUCAAGUUCGAGUGUGGAAUCAAUCGACUCCUCAGGAUGCUUUUUGCACCAGACUGCUAUCGAUAGUACAUUAGUUUUAGUCUAUAUAUCAGUUUAAAUUUCUAAUCAUUGCAAAAAUACUAAUUAGUAAUUAACCAUCUUGGUUACUUA